ACGAGCAGCUGAGCGGAGCAGCACGGUAUCCACGGCUACAGCAUCCUGGAGAUGUCUGUGCUCAAUGGAGGAGACAGAGGGGGGAAAACAGAACAAGUGCCAGAGAGAGAAGGGUAGAUCGUCACGUGAAGCCGGACUGAGAGAGGAACAGCAAGAACCAAAGUGGCACAGGAAAGGAAUAGAGUAAACACGCGUAGCCCGAGUGAGGACCACUGCAGCUGCACUAAAUCUGGGGCUGUCAGGCCAACCCUCAGCAGAGCAGUGAGUGAGAGAGAGAGAGAGAGGGCGAAGGAGAAGAACACAGGAUUUGAAGAGAGCUGAUCGCAUCACUCUGGACAAGCAGGGAUGGGAACCCUGAGAGCUUCUCCGUCAGCAGAUCAAACUUCACACAGGAAAAGUGCCUUCGGAUCACCAGUCUGAGCCUGUUCCUUCAGAGGAGGGAAAGAAACAAGAGAGUUAGUUCCCGGAAGGUGAAGCCUCGCACAGGAUCUCUCAUCUACAGCUCUGCCAAGUUCAGCUCAACUCUCUGCCGUCCUCUUCCUGAGUCCCCUGUCGGUCCUCCCUCGCACCUGCCUGCUGCCGGUGAAUGUCUUCUCUGCAUGAACUCCCACUGCUCGGCAGUUGAACACACUCAUGGUCGAUGCCAAGGGAAGGAACAUGAAAUGUCUGACUUUCUUCUUAAUGCUUCCCGAGUCGGUGAAAAGCAAGUCAAGUAAGAGCUCCAAGAAAGGGAAUGCCAGCAGCAGCUCCAAGCUGCCUCCCGUCUGUUAUGAGAUAAUCACUCUGAGGAGCAAGAAGAAGAAGAAGAUGGCAGCGGACAUUUUUCCCACCAAAAAGCCGGCAUCCACCACCACGGUGCAACAGUACCAGCAGCAGAACCUCAACAACAACAACACCAUACAGAACUGUAACUGGCAGGGACUCUACUCCACUAUCAGAGAAAGAAACUCAGUAAUGUUCAACAAUGAGCUGAUGGCAGAUGUUCACUUUGUGGUGGGUCAGCCUGGAAGAACCCAGCGGCUGCCAGGACACAGAUAUGUUUUGGCUGUGGGCAGCUCAGUGUUCCAUGCCAUGUUUUAUGGUGAAUUGGCUGAAAACACGGAUGAAAUCCAUAUUCCAGAUGUGGAACCAGCAGCAUUUCUGGCAAUGCUGAACUACAUUUACUGUGACGAGAUUGACCUGAGCGCCGACACAGUGUUGGCCACUCUUUAUGCUGCCAAGAAGUACAUUGUCCCUCACCUGGCUCGUGCCUGCGUCAACUUCCUGGAGACCAGCCUGAGUGCCAAGAAUGCAUGCGUGUUACUCUCCCAGAGCUGCCUGUUCGAGGAGCCGGAGCUGACACAGCGCUGCUGGGAGGUGAUUGAUACCCAGGCAGAGCUGGCGUUACGCUCGGAGGGCUUCUGUGACAUCGACGCCCAGACCCUGGAGAGUAUCCUGCAGCGAGAGACGCUAAACGCUAAAGAGAUAGUGGUAUUCGAGGCGGCGCUCGGCUGGGCCGAAGCUGAGUGCCAGAGACAGGAACUCACUACUUCAACAGACAACAAGCGCAAGGUUUUGGGCAAAGCCAUGUUCCUGAUACGUAUACCUACAAUGGCUUUGGAUGAUUUUGCCAAUGGAGCAGCCCAGUCAGGCGUGUUGACGCUUAAUGAGACUAACGACAUCUUCUUGUGGUACACUGCAGCCAAGAAACCUGAGAUGCAGUUUGUCAGCGAGCCCAGGACGGGCCUGACACCCCAGCGCUGCCACAGAUUCCAGUCCUGUGCCUAUAGGAGCAAUCAGUGGCGAUAUCGGGGCCGCUGUGACAGUAUACAGUUUGCAGUGGAUAAAAGAGUUUUCAUUGCUGGGUUCGGACUUUACGGAUCUAGCUGUGGCUCAGCAGAGUACAGUGCCAAAAUCGAGCUGAAACGUCAAGGGGUACUGCUGGGACAAAACCUCAGCAAGUACUUCUCCGAUGGCUCCAGCAACACCUUCCCGGUGUGGUUUGAGUAUCCAGUUCAGAUUGAACCCGACACAUUCUACACUGCCAGUGUGGUUCUGGAUGGAAGCGAGCUGAGCUACUUUGGACAGGAGGGGAUGACAGAGGUGCAGUGUGGGAAAGUGACAUAUCAGUUCCAGUGCUCCUCCGACAGUACCAACGGCACAGGGGUGCAGGGGGGACAGAUUCCUGAGCUCAUCUUCUAUGCUUGACAAGACCUGUGCACAUGUAUGACUGAUUUUCAAUGCACUUAUGGGAAAUUGAAAACGAUCACUUUGUGAAGCGUCACUUUCUGUUAUUUAUUUUUGGUCACUACUGUGCUUAAAAAAACAAAAACUGAUUUGAGACGUGUGAAAGGGUCUUUGUUUUGUUUUGGAUUUUGUAAAUGGACCACUGGAGUAAGACCAGGUCUUUUUUGAGAUGUGGAAUUGCCAGAUGAACAAAAGUUCUUAAUGAUGAAAAAAAUAUCUUGCACUAGACGUGCAUGUACAUAUGAAUAUAUGUAAAUUCUGAAAUGUAUAUGAUGCCACAAUUGAGGCCAACACUGGCCACAAAGAUAUCUUUUAUGAUGAAUAUGCUACAGUAUGUUUAUUAUGUCUAUGCUUGCAUAGAAUGCACAUAUAGAGCAGCAAUACUUCACAUUCUAUAAUCUUCAAUGAGCAUCUCCUGUCAUGACUCAGCCUGGUCCAUCAGUAUACAACAAUAGAAGUCCAAAAUGGCUGAAUGAUACUCAAAGCAACAUUUCAAGCCAUGAUUACAGUCAGAAACACUGUUUGUCCUGUUGUAGUGUGCAAUACCCAUUAGACAUCUGUAUUUGCGUGGUUUCAAUUGAAUCUGCAGCUUUUUGAUACUUUGGAUCUAGUAACAGGACACUUAGAGAGGGCUUGAGGGGUCUUAGAAUAGGGAGCACUAUAUAUAAUGAGACACACAACCCCUACAGGAUGUCUCUGUAGCAUGUUGCUCUGCACUACACUCAUCUCAGUCACUCCAGUGAGGUAUCAUUUAGCUCAGUUUAAUUAUGUUAAUGGGAAUAAAAUGAACUCAAAGUGACCAUUCACCACUAUGAGGUGGAGCAAAAGAUUCUUUUGGUUUUCUGGCGUCUGUCUGCACUGCAGUACUUACAGCACGGGCAGAUCCGCGGCGUUUCAUCUGACGCGUGCUACUAAUUGACAUUGCGCCUUCGUUUUGUUUACAGCAAAAAGAUCAAGGAUUGAUUUAAUGUUGGAUGCUUUUUAUCUAAUGAACAUUUCUGACUCUGCUAAAAAACCCUGUGCACCCGAACUGCUGAGCACUCCCUCUCAAUGGGAUCGUACCGUGUCAGUAUUUGCAGAAGCGUAAUGCACAUGCUACAGAAUUGCACUGAUGUUGGUUUGUAAUUGGAUCUAUUUUGAUUUCCUUGUUAUUUUUCGAAUUCCUUUUUGAUUCAACGUUGGCUGAUGACAAUAGACGGGCAAACUGAGUGUUCAUGUCCUGUGUUUACGUGCUACAGUGCUGGGAGACCAACGAAUGUGUAUGAUUGUUGAUGAUGCAAAUAAAAAAACAAUACAAGUGGUA